AUGAGUAGGCCAAUUAUGUACUGAAACUUUCUGACUAACGCAAAUGGCAGAGGGGGGAGAGGAGAGACUUCCAGACUUGUUCGAGACAGUGUGGUCUUGUUGGGAAAAGCUGGACAGCACAGAGGAACCAUCCUCUUCCUACAAUGUUCAGAAAACAAUCAUCACAGGGAUAACAGCUGGGAUGAAGGCCAUUAGAAUGGUGAAUGAGCUCUGUCUGUUUAGCAGUAAUGAAGAGAUCGAAGAGGUGGCAACAAAUGAAAUGAAAUACCUUUUGUUGCCUGCCUUUGUGGGAUUUUUCACGGAGAGGAAGACUGUAAAAAAAAUGGAGGACAGAGAGGGUUUGGUAAAGGAAGCAACAGCAUAUUACACAGAUUUCCUCAGAAAUUGUGAUAGUUAUGGAGUAGCUAAAAUUGAUAAGAAGCUUCUAAAUCUAACUCCUGAGAGUCAGCAGAAAGCUCUGAGUUCUAACGGACCACCACAAGGACUAGCAGGUCAAAUGCAGACUAGAGAGGAGAAGAUUAGAAGUUUUAAAGAAAAGAAGGAGCUUGAUGCCAAAGUGAAGGAACUCCACGAAAAAAUGAAGCAAGAACAUGUAGAUGAUGAAAUAAAGAGAGAGUACUACUUAGGUUUAAUUAGACAAUGGAUUGGAACUGCUAAAGAAAGUCUGGAAUCACUCCAGGUUGAAACUACCAUGUUAGGCAUACGUCAUCAAGCAUUAGAUGAUGAAGUGCCAGAGAACAAACCUAAGGAACAGAGAAAGGCAUUCCGUCCAUUCAUCAUCACCAAAGACAUGAUUCAGAAGGCUGUAUUUGGUGCAGGCUAUCCCAGCUUACCUACAAUGACUAUAGAGGAGUUCUAUGAACAGAAAGUGAAAGACGGCACCUUCCAUCCACCUACCUCACAGGGACAUAGUAUGCAGGACUGGGCGGCUGAUCCUGAUAAAGAUAAAGAAGCCCAGGAAAAGGAAGCCGAGGAAAAGGAAAAUAAAAUCGAACAAGACGACCCAGAGGAGCUACAGAAGGCCAGAGCAAUGGAUGACUGGAAAGAUGAUCACCGCAGAGGAUGGGGAAAUCGCAAAAAUAUGGGCUGAGAUGAAAAUGAGCAAUUCACAGCUAAGACCAAUCACCGGCUAUUGUGUUGCCCUUCAUACUCUAUGUCAGGAUGAAUGUGCUUUCCAGGAACUAAGGAGAAUAUCUGAAUGGACAUAACUGAAAACUCAGGAAUUCCCUCUUCUCACAAUGAUUAAUAUCUGUAGUGAGAAAUAAUCAGUAUAAAAUGUAAAUUUGGAUGUUAGUUGUGCUUUUAUGAAGAACAAAUGCUGUUAUACUUGUAUGCGUAGAAUUAAUUGCCUGUGAUAAUAUCUUUAAUAAAGACUUUCUAAGUACAU